AUGGAUGGCGAGCUACAGUUUAUUCUGAACAACUACGUCUAUGAGACGAACAACAUGCGGAUGCUAAUCUACAACGGUGAUACGGACCAGGUCUGCAAUCAUCUCGGUGACCAGUGGUUGAUCGAGCAAGUGGCCGCCAAUCUUUCACUUACGAACCAACCUCUCAGUUCCCCUCUUCCUCCCUCGAUGACGCAGCCUACGCCACUGAAACCAGAGUACGGUGGACUGGGCACUUGCGCUGCAAUAGCCUACCCUUCCCCUUCGCCACUACCUUCUAUUGCAGUGCCGACAAUCCCCGGUAUGGCAGAAGAAACCGAAGAGGAGCAAAGCGGCUGGGAAAAUGUAAGUCUUUCGAACAGUUGUUAUCAUGCCGUAUUGUGA